AUGGCUGGCACUUAUGAUACAGAAGGGCAAAGAAUCGUUGACAUAAAUAUAUCUAUCGCUCUUUGUGAAGCUCAAGAUGCUGGUGCAACAUUCAUCAAUCGAGAUUGGAUUGCAGAGAAAAGUCAUCGUUCAGUUCGGUUUAUUACGAACCGGUGGCAAAAGCCGUAUGGUCAAUGUUUUGCUGACUAUUCAAACACUAAUCCUAAAGUAAAACUGUCGCAAGCGAGUCGGGAAGUUAUCCUUGAAGCCAGUGGUUGA